AAAAAUUACAACAAAAUAAAAUAAAAUAAGGAAAAAGGAAACAAGAAAGAAAAAAAAGAAAAAAAAAUACAGCCACCAUUUUUACGGACUUCUACUUUUCUCCCUCUUACGAACUUCCCUCGUUCGAUCUCUUUCUCUCUCAAUUUCGCUCUCUUGCGAUCGGCGAAUGCUGAUAUUUUGGUGGGUAUGACUUCGUGGGAUUAAUUGAUUUUGGGUUGUUUGGGAUUUGAGGAAUAAUGAUGGCUUGAUUCUUUAGCGUUUUAAUGGUCAGAGGUUGAAGUUUAAGCUUUACCUGGACAUGAGUUAGUUAUUUGGACUGAAGCUAAUGGCGGGAAAUGCAAAGUUUGAAUCUAGUUCUGUUAGUCCAAAUGAUUCUGGCUUCUCAGGGAGCUAUACUAAUGGACAGCGGAGUAACUACGCAAGUCCUAAUUUGGAUAGGUCAGGAAGCUUUCGUGAGGGAAGUGAUGCUAGGAGUUUCAGUUCUGGACCUGGUACAUCAAAGAUGAAUGCUGCACCAAUGGUUGAUUUGCCACCAUUAUCACAGUGUUUAAUGCUUGAGCCCAUCACGAUGGGGGAUCUAAAAAAUAUACGGGCUGGUGAAUUAAGGAGGGCAUUAGGAUAUUCCUUCGGCAUUGUUUCUGAUGAUAAUUCUUUUGGAGCAGCCCAUUUGAAGCCUCCACCAACUUUGGCUUUGGAAGAAAUAAAACGCAUUAAAGCAGGUGUUAAUGAUGGAUAUGUAAAGGCCAGAAAUAGAACAAAAAGAUUAGAUGAAGCUUCAAACAAACUGGGGAAGUAUUUUGAAGCCUUGAACUCAAGGAAGCAACUAACAAGUGAAAGAACUGGUGGUUCAAAUUUCCUGAAGAUGGGAACUCAGUCUCAUCGAAGCUCAGCUGAUGUUGCAACUCAAAAGUUAGAGGACAGAAAUAAGAACAUAGUUCCAAAUAAGCGUGCCCGUACACCAAUGGGAGACAUGCGGGCGGAGGGACGGAGCAAUGGAGUCCCAAGACAACAUUCAGCCUUGGGAAAAGAUAAAGAUGGAACGAAAGAGGGUGGCUCGGAUCUUGUCGAAGAAAAGAUACGCAGACUACCUGCUGGUGGGGAGGGAUGGGACAGAAAAAUGAAAAGGAAACGUUCAGUAAGUAGUGUUCUUCCUAGGCCAGUUGAUGGUGAUGGAGAGCUUAAGAGGACCAUGCAUGGUAGACUUGGCAAUGACUCUGGAUUUCACUCUUCUGAUCUUCAUAGCUACAGAUCUGGGUCUACCAAUGGUGCUACUGGAAGCAGCAAAGCAGAAGGAGCUUCAUCACCUGUGAGCUUGAGUGGACGUAUGACACCCAAGAAUGAAAUGGAAAAGACAUCAUUAUCUAGGGAGCUUACUGGGAUGAACAAGGAAAGAUUACUACAGAAAGGAAAUUCUAAGUUAAAUAUGCGUGAGGAUCCCCAUGUUUUCAUCCCUGGUUCUGUUACGAAGGGCAAGGCUUCGAGGGCUCACAGAACUGGUCCUGCAUCUGUAGGAAAUUCAUCUCCUAGCUUCUCACGAAUGUCUGCAGCAACAGAAGAUUGGGAGCAACCACUAAAUGGGAACAAAGUCCAUACCUUGGUAGGAGGUAAUAAUCGUAAACGGCCCCUACCCGCUGAUUCAUCAUCUCCAAUUCAUUGGGUGGGGCAGAGGCCUCAAAAAAUUUCCCGUAAUCGGAGAACAAAUAUUGUGUCUCCUACUUCAAAUCGUGAUGAUGUACAAGUAUCAUCGGAAGGAUGCACUCCAAGUGAUUAUAGCUCCAGAAUACCUAAUUCUGUAAAUGGUUCUUUUCCUGUUAGAAAUAUAAUGAGUAGCUCACAACAGCUAAAGGCAAAACUUGAAAAUGCACCCUCUCCGGCAAGAUUAUCUGAAAGUGAGGAAAAUAGUGCUUCUGAUAACAAGCUCAAGGAUAAAGAACUUGGAGGUUCUGAGUUGGAUGAGAGAAGUUUGAACAGUCAUCGGAUGAUCAGUCCUUCUGGCUUGUUCACAAAAAAGAGCAAAUUGCCUGUGAAGGAUGAAGUGUGUGAUGGCGUGCGUAGACAAGGUCGUAGUGGGAGGGGUUCUUCGUUGUCAAAGGAUAGCGUAUCUCCAUCAAGGGAGAAGCUGGAUAAUCCAGCUAUGGUAAAACCUGUUAGGAGUGCAAGACCUAGUUCCGAGAAGAAUGGAAGUAAGACAGGCCGUCCUCCUCUUAAAAAGCAUAGCAAGGGUUUUACUCGUCUUGGCCCGCUUCCCAAGAGUAGUUCUCCAGAUAUCACAGGUGAAUUUGAUGAUGACCGCGAAGAACUCGUAGCAGCUGCAAAGUUAGCUUGCAAUACCAGUUAUAACGGUUGUUCAUCCGCAUUUUGGAAAAGAAUGGAACCACUUUUUAAUGUCAGAAUAGCGGAUAAAUCCUUUUUGGAAGAACAGUUGAAAGCUGCAGAGGAUGAUCUUCUUAACCACAGUGAGGUGUCAAACGUGGGUGAUAAUGAUCUGACCUGUGUUUUUCCAAAUGAGCAUUCUCAGACACGAACUUCUGUUUUCGAUGAAAGUAAUGUAUGCAUCCUAGACAAUGGAUUGACGGAUUCUGUCAAAAGUGGAGACCUCAUCAAACACAUUCAGGAUACUGAUUCUUCAUAUAAAGGAAUAGACUCCGAAAAAGGGCCUAACAGCCUCAUUCCAUUAUAUCAGAGAGUACUCUCUGCUCUCAUUGUUGAAGAUGAUAUCGAAGAAAACAAUUUUUUAAGCAAUGCUGCUUCUGUUGCUAGUAGGGAUGAUCCAUUUAUGGUAGACAGAAUACCUUGUAACGGUAAUACUAGUCAUAGCAGAUUCUCGGGCAUCCAGAUUCCUAAGCAUGAGGAAUUUGAGGAAGUUGAUUAUGGUCAACAGCAAGUUGGCCCCGCUGGCCCUGGGCAUUAUGGGAAUGAAUCUAAUGGAUCUCUGGCAAUCCACAUGAAUGCUCCUGUUAGUUCUUCAUUCAAAUGCGAGUAUGAUGAGAUGUGUGUGGACGAGAAAGUGCUGCUUGAGCUUCAGAGUAUUGGCUUGUAUCCGGAGACUGUGCCUGAUUUAGCAGAGGGAGAGGAUGAGUCAAUUAAUCAAGACAUUAUUCAACUCAAAAAGCAACUUCCUCAGCAGGCUGGGAAAAAGAAGGCAUACUUGGAUAAAUUACAGAAAGCUGUAGACGACAAGGAGGUUGAAGCAUGGGACCUUGAACAGCUUGCAAUGAGUAGGUUAAUUGAGUUGGCUUACAAAAAGCUUCUGGCAACGCGGGGAAGCAGUGCUGCUAGAAUGGGAAUCAGUAAAGUUCCAAGACAUGUUGCCUUGGCCUUUAUUAGAAGAACCUUGGCUAGGAAUCGAAAAUUUAUAGAUACAGGGAAGAGUUGUUUCAGUGAGCCUGCUCUUCGAGAUGUACUUUUUGCUGUCCCUAGCAGUACAAGUGGCGUCCCAGCUGAACAGAGCAUGCGACUGGACUCCAGAGCUUCAGGAGCAUAUUCUGGGCAAGAGCAGCUCGAUCUCCUAAAUGAUAAAUCUUAUAGGGGACCAAUUGAUGCCUAUGACCAUGGUUUUGCAAAGAAUGGACCUAUACUAAACAGAGGCAAAAAGAAGGAAGUGCUGCUUGAUGAUGUUGGUGGAAAUGCUGCCCCAAGAUCAACAUUAAACCUCGGAUCAUCUCUUUUGGGUGGAGCAAAGGGUAAGAGGAGUGAGAGAGAAUCUGGUGCAAAAGCUGGCCGCCCCUCAAUAUCAAAUUUAAGAGGUGAAAGGAAAACAAAAUCAAAACCAAAGCAAAAGGUUGCGCAGUUGUCUACACAUCCAGUUCAACCUUCGAUUAAUGCUUCAAGGGAACUGGUUGCUAAUAAUAGUAAUAGGAAACGGGAUGGACUAAUAUCCCCAGGAAACAUCCUUGAUUCAUCAAAGGAAUGCAAUCACGAUAUGGACUUGAGUGGCUUGCCAUUAUCUGAAUUAGAUUCGAUUGAAGGCCUAAAUAUGGGUAAUGAAUUUGAGGGACAUCAAGAUCUGGGUUCGUUUUUGAAUUUUGAUGAAGAUGGUUUGCAUGAAGAUAUCGAUUCCUUUGCUAUGGGACCUUUGGCUAUACCAAUGGAUGACCUGUCCGACUUAAAUAUGUUUUAAUAAGGAAAAGACACUGUACAUUACUAGCUUAAGUAGAUUAUAUUAGUUUAUUUGAUGAAAGGAAACCAGGCCAGCUAUGUAAUUUAUGCUCAGAAAUCAGAACUUGUAAAUAAUCCCCAUUCUUUUUGUAUACUUAGGUUUAGAUAGCACGCAAAUUUAUUUACUAGUAUGUGAUUUAAAUCGUUUCAUCCUGUAACAGAUCACACUUUUUUCUAAUACCAAUAAUUACUUUAAUCUUUUUCUCUGUAUCUUUAU